UUUUGCUGGAGAGAAAAAGCAGGAUUCGGCAGUCUUCUGGAAGCUGCUGAAAUCUGGAAUGGACAUGGAAAUCCUUAAGUGGUUCACAAAAUAUGACACCUAUGUCAAGGUAGGCAUACCUCUUCCAGAUGUUUAGCCAUGCACUGUAUUUCAAGGACGGCAGGAUUUGGACUCUUUUAAUAGACUGCUGCUUUUUUUAUUUUAUUUUUAGCCUUUUUUUUUUUUAAAUGGACCUCUUUGAAUAGGAACGGAAGAGGGCUCAGUUUACUGCAGAAGAAGCUGGAUACAAAGCGUUAUGUUUUUUUUUUUUCUGCUUUCUUCCAUCUCCGUGGAAACUGCAAUAAUCUUUGAUAUCAAGCGCUAUUGCAUUGCGAAUAUUGUACUGGUACCCUGGAUGUGUUCUAGCAGCCUUGUUUGUUAUUCCUGGGAGGUAUGCAGAGGCGAUCUAAAAAAAGAUGCAGCUAUUGAGUGAUAAGAAAAAGGCAAAGAUGUCUCAAGUGAAGCAAGUAGGUCUUUUAGCUGCUGGGUGCCAGCCAUGGAACAAAGAUGUGUGUGCUGCUAGUGGAGACAGAUUUGCUUACUGUGCCACUCUAGCUAUAUAUGUAUAUCAGCUGGAUCACAGAUACAAUGAAUUUAAACUAUGUGCAAUUAUGUCAGAGCACAAAAAGACAAUCACAGCCAUCUCCUGGUGCCCUCAUAACCCUGACAUGUUUGCCAGUGCCAGUGCGGACAAUCUAGUGAUCAUUUGGAAUGUGGCCGAACAGAAAGUGGUGGCCAGACUUGACAGCACAAAAGGAAUGCCAGCCUCACUGAGUUGGUGUUGGAAUUCGGGUGAUGCCGUAGCCUUUGUCUCACACAGAGGGCCCCUUUAUAUUUGGACUAUCUCUGGACCAGAUAGUGGUGUGGCUGUUCACAAAGAGGCCCACAGCUUUCUGUCAGACAUCUGUCUGUUUCGGUGGCAUCCAAGAAAAAAAGGAAAAGUUGUCUUUGGACAUACAGAUGGCAGCCUUUCCGUUUUCCAACCAGCUUGCAAGAGUCAGAAGCAUGUACUAAGACCAGAAUCACUGGAAGGAACAGAUGAGGAGGAUCCAGUGACAGCACUAGAAUGGGAUCCACUAUCCACGGAUUACCUUCUUGUUGCUAAUUUACACAAUGGGAUUCGACUAGUAGACUCUGAUUCCUUAUCUUGUAUCACUACAUUCAGUUUUCCAAGUGCAGCAGCAUCUGUCCAGUGCUUGGCCUGGGUCCCCACGGCUCCGGGCAUGUUCAUAACAGGAGAUUCCCAGGUUGGUGUAUUACGGGUAUGGAAUGUUUCAAAGACAACACCUAUAGAUAAUUUCAAAUUGAAGAAGACUGGUUUCCAUGCAUUACAUGUCCUCAACUCCCCUCCCAAGAAAAAAACAUUUUUAGCACAGUCCCCUACGAAGAACCACCACACAUCAUCCACUAGUGAGGCUGUCCCCCCUCCCACGCUGACACAGAACCACGCCUUCUCACUGCCUCCCGGUCAUGCUGUGUGUUGUUUCAUGGAUGGAGGAGUUGGCCUUUAUGACAUGGGUGCUAAGAAGUGGGAUUUUUUGCGGGAUUUGGGCCACAUUGAAACCAUCUUUGAUUGCAAAUUCAAACCGGACGAUCCAAAUUUAUUGGCUACAGCAUCAUUUGAUGGUACAAUAAAAGUCUGGGACAUCAACACACUGACAGCCGUGUACACGUCACCAGGAAAUGAAGGUGUUAUCUACUCUUUGUCCUGGGCACCAGGAGAUUUAAAUUGUAUAGCAGGUGCAACAUCAAGGAAUGGAGGUUUCAUCUGGGAUGUUAAGAAAGGGAAAAUGAUAACACGAUUCAACGAGCAUGGAAAAAAUGGCAUUUUCUGUAUCUCUUGGAGCCAUAAAGAUUCUAAGCGCAUUGCCACAUGCAGUGGAGAUGGAUUCUGCAUUAUUCGCACAAUUGAUGGGAAGGUUUUGCACAAGUAUAAACACCCAGCGGCUGUGUUUGGAUGUGACUGGAGCCAAAACAACAAAGAUAUGAUUGCAACUGGAUGUGAAGAUAAAAAUGUGAGAGUUUAUUAUUUAGCCACCAGCUCUGACCAGCCGCUGAAGGUUUUUACUGGACAUACAGCAAAAGUUUUCCACGUUCGGUGGUCUCCACUUAGGGAAGGAAUCCUCUGCAGUGGUUCAGACGAUGGAACUGUGAGGAUCUGGGACUACACACAAGAUGCUUGCAUAAAUGUUCUAAGCGGCCACACAGCACCAGUCCGAGGAUUAAUGUGGAAUACAGAGAUCCCGUACCUUUUAAUAUCUGGCAGUUGGGAUUAUACAAUUCGAGUCUGGGAUACAAGGGAUGGGACAUGUCUGGACACUGUAUAUGACCAUGGGGCAGAUGUAUAUGGCUUAACCUGCCAUCCUAAUCGACCAUUUACUAUGGCAUCUUGCUCCCGGGACUCCACGGUUCGCCUCUGGUCUCUAACACCAUUGAUUUCACCUUUACAAAUAAAUAUCCUGGCAGAUCGUACUUGGGAAGAAAUUAUUGGUAACACUGAUCGUGCCAUGGAGCCUGGCGCUCCACCGUUACUGUGUGGAAAAGUGUCCCGUGAUAUUAAACAAGAAGUAGACAAACUGACUGGCAACCUCAGGGGGAAGAAAUUAAGAUGGUUUUCAGAAUGUCUUUCUCCUCCAGGAGGCAGUAAAAAUGUAUGGGACUUGGUAGCAGUGUUAAAAGGUCAAGAUGACAGUCUUCUCCCACAGAACUACUGCAAAGGGAUUAUGCAUAUGAAGCAUCUUGUCAGAUUUAAGACAUCUAAAGCCCAGGAGCUAACAACAGUGAAGAUGUCCAAGUUCGGUGGUGGCAUUGGUGCUCCAAGCAAAGAAGAGAGGCUAAAAGAAGCUGCAGAGAUCCAUUUGAGACUCGGACAGAUCCAAAGAUAUUGUGAACUGUUAGUCGAACUUGGAGAGUGGGAUAAAGCGCUAUCAGUGGCUCCUGGUGUUUCUAUGAAAUACUGGAAAAAAUUAAUGCAAAGAAGAGCGAGUCAGCUCAUUGAAGAGGAAAAUGAUGAUGUCAUUCCCUACUGCAUAGCUACUGGGGAUGUGAAAAGAUUGGUACAUUUCUUUACCUCCAGAGGGCAACUUAAAGAGGCUUUACUUGUGGCACAGGCAGCUUGUGAAGGCAACAUACAGUCUGAUCAUGUUUCAGUAACGACUGUAUCCCCAACUGAAGGCAACAAUGUGGAAGAUUAUACGGGGCUUCUGCAUCGAGUCAGUACAGAACUGGCAGAGUGGUAUUUCCAAGAUGGGCGGGCUGUACUUGCAGCAUGCUGCCAUUUGGCAGUGGACAACAAUGAACUGGCCAUGGCCAACCUCAUUCGUGGCAAUGAGCUGGAACUGGCGGUAUGUGUCGGCACGGUCCUUGGAGAGAGUGCUGCUGAAGCCACUCAAUAUGCACUGGAACUACUGGCAAGGAAAUGCAUGACAGUAACAACAUGCUUUCCAUCUCUUGGAUACAGGGAUUUGGCAGCAGAUCUUCUGAGAAUGAUACCUGACAAUGAGCUCUUCUUAGUCAAGCUGUGCGCUUUUUACCCGGGCUGCACUGCAGAGAUUAACGACCUUCACAGCAAAUGUAACUUGCCAUGUUUGGAAGAGUGUGUACAGAUGGCAGAGACCAGUUAUGCAGAUGGAGACAUCUUCCAAGCUGUCAAAUACCACUUGUUAAGUUCAGAACCAGAAAAGGCCCUGCCUAUAGGGAUCAGUUUUGUAAAAGAACAAAUCAGCAGUGCUGACUGGACCUUGGAUUCCAUUUGUCCAAUCCUUGAGCUUCUCAGUUACAUCAGAACAGAAAGAUUAGUACUUCAUAAAUGUAGUGAAGUACGCAAUGAACUGCUCAUACUCUGUGGAUACACUGGAGCUUUACUGGCUAUUAGAAGGCACUAUAUCAGCAUUGUUCCUGCACUUUAUGAAUAUACAAGUCAGCUUUUGAAACGUCGGGAAGUGUCUGUUCCCUUACAGAUUGAGCAGCUCUCAGUGGAACUGGAUGCAUGGAGAGCGUGUACCCUAUCCACUAAGUCAGCUGAUGAUCUUCCAUACACACCCCCUACUGAGCUACAAAGAAAGAUUCAUUCAAGUAUUCUGCAACGAAUAAAAGAAGAACCUCUUAAAGGAUUAAUUGGGCCAGACUAUGUCACAGGAUCCAAUCUUCCAAGUCAUUCCGAUGUUCAGGUGUCCUGCUUAACAGGGUUAUGGAUUCAGGGACCUGUAUUCUUUCUAGAAGAUGGAAAGUCUGCAAUAUCAUUGAAUGACGCUUUAAUGUGGGCCAAGGUUAACCCAUUCUCACCUUUAGGAACAGGAAUGCGACUCAACCCAUUCUAAGUGCGGUGAGAAGGCAAAUACUUUACAACAGAACAACAAACAAAUGGGAACGGGGCGAAAUGGUUUUGAAAUAGGACUUUCCGUUGUUUUUUGUUUCUCUGCAGAAAAAGCUGAAAUAUCAGAUGCGGCUAUAUUUAGUUUGUGUUUGGUAAUGGUAAAGUCAAAUCUGUGUAUAUAAUAAUCAGAGAGAAAAUAUAUAGUUUGACUAGCCAAAGACCAACAUUUUCUGUCAAUCUGUUUACAUAUUCCUUAAUGCAGUUUAUUACCACACCAUAAAUAACACUGGUACUGACUGUAUAUGUUUGAACGCACGGCAAGCUCCUUAGUGGUCCCAUUAGCGCUGUACAUAGGCAAAGAAAAAAAAAGCUGUGAAAUUUAUGACCAUUUUUAAGUAAUGUAAAGAUUUAUCACACAAAUUUGUACUGUAACUUCUACUGUGUGUAGUAUACCACUAAUUGUAAAAAUAUACACGAAUGAAGGCAGACGUUUGAUCAUAUACUUCCCCUUCCAUUUAUUGUUUAUACAGAUGUUCUAUUUACAGAAUAAAGUUAAAGUAAAUGUA